AAUCUUCAUUUCAAAAAUCAAAUUCUUUUCUAUUUGAUGUUGAGAAACGUCCCAACUAAAAACUAUUCCAAGCAAUGUUGUGUUUCUGAGAAGCAACCACUGCUAUCAUAUGCAUCCUCCUUGCUUCCCUCUUCUCACAACAGAGAGGACUCUGCUGUUACGAUAUCUCCAUUAAAAGAAGACAACAUACACACUGUAUUGAAUACUGAAAUACCCAAAGAGAAUUGGCAUAGAAAUGACUUAUUAUUAGAGAGUUUGAAAGAACUGAAGCAAGAUUUAGAAUCCAUAAAGAAGGAACACAUGGAAAAAGACCAACAUAUUCAGCAGUUGAGAAAUGAAUUGUCUCAUAAACAGAUGCAACUAGAAGAAGUAUGGCAAAAGCUAGAAAUGUCCAACCUGAACAAUGCUAGACAAGGAAAUGAGACAGCUGAACUGCAACAUGAGGAGAUCCAUCAACAAAUACUAUCCAUUCGAAAUACUUUUGCCCAGCAAUUGAAAACAAUAGAGAAUAUAGAAGCAAAGCGUAUUUCUAGUGGUGAAGAUUCGAACAGAAUGAUGGACUAUUUGUCACGUCAAGUGGAUCCGUAUGUUAGUAUAUUGGAGAGUUUCGACAAAGUAUGUCACUCAAAUGGCCAUCCUAUCACUUUAGAAGUGAUAAGAGAUAUUUUAUCCAAAGUAUUUUUAGCGAUGAAACAGAAUCUUGACUAUCUUGAAUAUCUUCAAAGCACCUACGAGAAGUAUCCAGAAAUAGUUGAUCGUUACGAAGUAACUGUUUAUGAAAAGGAUUCUAUUAUUGAGUGUCAGCGUGCUAUUAUCGCAGUCAAAACAGAACAAAUAGAAAAGCUCCAACAGAAAUUGGAACAAAUAACAUUGAAUGGUGCCUCAGCAAGUGACUCGGAAACAACGAAGAACAACUCUAUACAAACGAGACAAAGACAUUUUGCACUUGUUCAUGGUCUAAUGAAUGUCGUGGAUAAUAUCCUAUCGAGACUAUUCGGAGAUCGCUCAUUCCAUAUGGAAAACAACAGGCCUUCAUCGGAGUAAAAAUGUUUUUGUAAUUUCUCUCCAGUGGAAGCGACACAGCUUUUGUAUUGCUUUGGAUAUAGUGACCUGUCAUUUUUUCUUUAUUACAAUAAAGAAUAUAUGAAAAGACUACUCAGUCUUUUAUCUACUACUUUAGCAGCUGCUGGUAUCGCAGGUGUUUACUUUGG